AUGCGCGCUCGGGCGCGAGGCGGGGUCCGGGUGGGGGGGUUCGCGCGUGCGCGCCCGGCCCCGCCGGGGAACGCGGGCGAAGGGCGGAGCCGGAAGGGGCGUGUCCUCGUCGGGCGGAAGGGGCCGACCUCCGGGACGGCGGGGGGGACGCCGCCGCCGCCGCCCGCCGCCGCCGCCCGCCUCUACCGCGUCCUCAGCCGCCUGCUGGGCUGGCGGGGCCGGGGCGGCGGGGGCCCCCCGCGGAGGCCCGCCCCCGGGGCCCCCGCCCGCCGACCUGCUCUGCCCCCGCCCACCGCUUGCGCGCUGGACGCCCAAGGCGCCCCCGGGGCCCGCGGCGCCCCCGGUGCCCCCCGGUGCCCCCCGGCGCCCCCGGGGCGGCGCGGCGGCCUGGACGCGCAGCUGGCGGCGCUGGGGCUGCGGGCCGCCGGUCCGGGCCCCCCGGAGGCCCCCGCCGAGGACACCAGCGACGCCCUGCUCACCCGGCUCGGUCGCCUCUUCCGCCGCGGGGGCCCCGGCGGCGGCGGGCGGGGCCCGGAGACAAGAGGCCCGCGGCCGGCGGCAGCGGCGGAGCCGGUCCCCCCCGGCCGGGGGCGGCGGAGGCCGAGGCCCCCCGCCUCUCCCGCCUCCCCCUUCGUCCUGCCCCUUCGCCUCCCCCGGGGCCGGGACCCGGACGCCGGGAGGAAGCCGAGGUUGACCAGAACCCAAAGUGCCUUUUCUCCGGUCUCCUUCAGCCCCCUGUUUCCAGGCGAAACGGUGUCGCUCGUGGACGUGGACAUCUCUCAGCGAGGAGGCCUGACCUCUCCUCACCUUCCAACCCCGCCCCCUCCUCCGCGAAGAAGUCUCAGCCUCCUAGAUGAUAUCAGUGGGACCCUGCCUCCUUCUGUGCUAGUGGGCUCGAUGGGGUCUUCCCUGCAGUCUUUCCCCCUGCCGCCUCCUCCUCCUCCUCCUCCUCCUCCUUCUCCGCCACCGCCGCCGCCGCCGCCCCAUCCCCCAGACAUUUUUUCGCGGAUCGUCCCGUUCAGGGCCGCCCACUCCGGGCCCGGUCAGCCCCUGCAGUAUCCCCUGUACCGCGCCGAUGCCAGCAGCUUCGCCGCCAGCCUGCGGGAGCUGGAGAAGUGCGGCUGGUACUGGGGCCCGAUGAACUGGGAGGACGCCGAGAUGAAGCUGAAGGGGAAGCCGGACGGCUCCUUCCUGGUGCGGGACAGCUCCGAUCCUCGCUACAUCCUCAGCCUCAGCUUCCGCUCCCAGGGCGUGACCCACCACACGCGCAUGGAGCACUACAGAGGCACGUUCAGCCUGUGGUGUCACCCCAAGUUUGAGGACCGGUGCCAGUCAGUGGUGGAGUUCAUCCAGAGAGCCGUGAUGCACUCCAACAACGGCAAGUUCCUCUACUUCCUGAGGUCCAGGGUCCCAGGGCUCCCUCCCACCCCGGUGCAGCUGCUGUACCCGGUGUCCCGCUUCAGCAACGUCAAGUCCCUGCAGCACCUCUGCCGCUUCCGCAUCCGCCAGCUGGUCCGCAUCGACCACAUCCUGGACCUCCCGCUGCCCAAGCCUCUGAUCUCCUACAUCCGCAAGUUCUACUACUACGACCCCCAGGAAGAGGUUUACCUGUCCCUGAAGGAAGCCCAGCUCCUCUCGCGGCAGCAGACCCAGGGGCCUGAGCCCUCCACGUAGCCAGGGCCCCCGCCCCACGACGCCUCUGCCCGGGGUACGUUGCUUGGCCCACGGUGGGGUGGGCGGCGGGUGGGGGAGGGCGGUCCUCCGGUGCUUCACGGGCCGGCCUUGGCCGACCUAAUGCCCGUCUUCGGGCCCGGGCGCCGGUCGGGGGCCCGGGUGACCUCGGCCGAGGGACGCGGGGCGGCGGCGGAGCCGGGCCCGCGGGGGCGAGGGAGGGCGCGAGGUUCCCGGGGCCCGCGUGCGGGAGGGCCCCUCUCCGGUCGCCGCGGAGGCCCGAGCCGUGGCGGGGACGGGGACGUCCCCUCGGCCUGGGCGGAGAGACCGAGGAGCGGCCGGAUGCAGCGCUUUUGUCCCGCCAUCCCCCGCUCCCCGCACCUUUGACCCCCUUCCCGCGCUCG